UUGGUCCAAAAAUCUCUUCGUGUCAUGUUCUACAUAUUCUGCACAGUACCUACCUUUAUUUUUAAUUUAUUUUUCCUUUCAUUUUCCUGGACAGAGUGUAAUUUCAUUGGAAGAUGAUGACAUGGGAAGACACAGGUUGCAUUUAUGUAGUGAAAAUGGUAUAAGGAGUUUGGGGGCUUCAAGUUCUUCGAAUGACAAGGAAGAAAUUCUGGCUUAAAAAGGGUGUAGUUGAGAAUGAAAAAAGUUGGCUCUACCCUUACCGGGGUGGAGGUGAGGUCUCUAAAGGGGCAUCUCCUCUAGCGACUCACCACUUCCAAGCAGUGGUUCAAGGGUGGUCAAGAAGAUGGCGGAGAGGGGCCACAACCCACCCAUUUUGCCAGGGGAAGAAGUCACAUAAGCUCAUGUCCACCCUUGUAGAGGGAUUUCUGUCCGAGCCCCACUCAGGAGUCACAUUAUUCUCAUCGGUGCUACCAACCAAUCAAAGGGCAAAAGUUUGCAGGAGGUGAAGAAUCGACGCAUCUUAAAUUGUUCGCAUGGUCACAGUCAAGCAAGCACUCUCCAAUUUUUUAAUUUCCAGCAAUGUAGUUGUCUGUUUCCCAAGCAUCUGGUUGGGUCCAUAAAUUUCAAAUGAACUGAGAUACUUUGCUGAAUUAUGAACUUCCCCCAAAGUCUUGAAAUCCUUCACUACAAGACAACAGAGAACAUUAGGUGGAAAAGGAGAGAAGAGGGGGAACACAAAGGACCCAUCACUGGAGGCAACUAACAUGAUGGUGGAGUUGUCACCAUGUCAUGCAGAUAAAAGUGCGUAAGAAAUGAGUUCUCUCGAUUACCGAAUCCCAUGAUCUGAUUGACCCGAAGAGGUUGGAUCUAUACACAUUUUUUUCAGUCUAAAGUGUGUCACAUUAGGACAAACACUGUUCUAUCUUCUUAUUUAUCCACUAAAAGGAUUGCUUACUUUU